AUGAUAAGUUUACUACCAAGCAUUUUUUCCAUCCUAAUAACGACUGAAUUUAUUCUGGGAAAUUUUGCCAGUGGCUUCAUGGCACUGGUGAACUGCAUUGACUGGGUCAAGAGACAAAAGAUGUCCUCAGCUGAUCAAAUUCUCACAGCUCUGGCGGUCUCCAGAAUUGGAUUGCUUUGGGUAAUAUUAAUAAAUUGGUAUACAACUGUACUUACUCCAGUUUUCCAUAAUUUAGAAGUAAGAAUUAUUUUUCAUAUAGCCUGGGCAGUAAGCAACCAUUUCAGCCUCUGGCUGGGUACUAGCCUCAGCAUAUUUUAUUUGCUCAAGAUAGCUAAUUUCUCCAGCCUUAUAUUUCUUUACCUAAAGCAGAGAGUUAAAAGGGUACUUCUCGUAAUACUGUUGGGGAGUUUUGUCUUUUUGGCUUCUUAUCUUGCAGUGCUAUGCAUAGAUGAGAAUAUGCAGACCAAUGAAUGUGAAGGAAACAUCACUGGGAACACGAAAUUGAGUGACAUUUUACGACUUUCAAAUAUGACUCUAUACACACUGAUAAACUUCACACCCUUUACUAUGUCCCUGACAUCUUUUCUUCUGUUAAUCAUUUCCCUGUGGAAACAUCUCAAGAAGAUGCAGCUCAAUGGCAAAGGAUCCCAAGAUCUCAGCACCCGAGUCCACAUAAGAGCCAUGCAAACUGUGGUCUCCUUUCUCUUGCUGUAUGCCGGUUACUCCCUGGCUCUAAUCAUCUCAUAUUGGAGUUCUGAUAGGCUGCAGAAUGAACCAGUUUUCAUGCUUUGCCAGGUUCUUAGAAUGCUGUAUCCUUCAAGCCACUCAUUUAUUCUGAUUUGGGGAAACAAAAGGCUAAGACAGGUGUCGAAAAAUAUAAGAAAGAUUAUAAGAUUACCAUACUGUUAA